AGUGGUCGCUUUUCUAAACAAGUUUAGACGUGCACUUUUAGUUUGACAUUUCAUACGUCAAAAAAGGAAGUUGUCAUUUAAUAAUUGAGCUAACUUAACGUAUCCAAUACAUUCACCGUAGCUUACUUGGCUGAUCUGUUUACAUGUUAUCGUCUUGACACAGAGUGUUGCAUCUUUACCUCCUAGAGACCGCUAUCGCUAAGACCCCACACGCACGUUAGUCAAGUUAGUGAGCCAUGACGCUACUCGGCUAACGUUAGCGUGCUAGCUGCUACCAGCUCAUGUGUGUGCACCGCAGCUCCAACCAUGGGGAUCUAAACGUGCUCCGUCCGGGCGUAUGAGCCGAGGUGUCUUUCUCGUCCCCGCAGAGACUAAGGAGAGAGGCGCCAUGCUGUGCUGGGGGAAUGCCUCCUACGGACAGUUGGGCUUGGGGGGAAUCGACGAAGAGAUAGUUGUUGAGCCGCGAAAAUGCGAAUUCUUCCACGGGAAGCAAGUGUGCGAUAUGGGGUGCGGCCACAGACACACAGCCUACCUGCUGGAGGACGGGACAGUGUACACCUGUGGAUGCAACGACCUAGGACAGCUGGGACACGAGAAGUCCCGCAAGAAACCAGAGCAGGUCGUGGCUCUGGAUGCACAGAUCAUUGUGGCAGUGUCAUGUGGAGAGUCCCAUACACUGGCACUGAAUGAUAAAGGGCAGGUGUUCUCGUGGGGCCUGGGCUCAGAUGGCCAGUUGGGACUACAGAACUUUGAAGAAUGUGUGCGUGUGCCAAGGAAUAUCAAGAGUUUGUCAGACGUACAAAUUGUUCAGGUGGCCUGUGGCUAUUAUCACUCCCAUGCACUUUCAAAAGAUGUAUUUUGUGUUUUAUUCAUUGUCCUAGGGGGCCACGUCUUCUCCUGGGGCCACAACCGAUAUGGCCAACUUGGGCUAGGAAUGAAUGGACAGAGCAUUUCCACCCCCCAAAUUAUUCAGUCUCUGCACGGCAUUCCCUUUGCGCAGAUAUCCGCAGGUGGCGCCCACAGCUUUGCUCUCACUCUCUCGGGGGCGGUGUUCGGCUGGGGGCGCAACAAGUUUGGUCAGCUGGGUCUCAAUGACUGCAAUGAUCGUUUUUUUCCAUCCCUGCUGAAGUCCCUUAGAUCCCAGAGAGUGAUUUACAUCUCCUGUGGAGAAGAUCACACAGCAGCACUUACCAAGGAAGGAGGUGUGUUCACAUUCGGAGCUGGAGGAUACGGACAACUCGGACACAACUCCGCAAACCAUGAAAUCAACCCGAGGAAAGUGUUUGAGCUCAUGGGAAAUGUGGUCACGCAGAUUGCGUGUGGAAGGCAGCACACGCUGGCUUUCACACCCUCCGGUGCAAAGAUGGACUCGUUUGGGCUAGCCGGUAACGGGCAGCUUGGCACUCGCUCCACUUGCAACAGAAAGAGUCCAGCCCUUGUCAAAGGUCCCUGGAUAGCUUCCAAGGAUGCAGACUCCGAGCCGUGCUGUUACGUCAAGAGGAUUUAUGCUGGAGGAGACCAGAGCUUUGCUCAUUACUGCACAAACAAUAAACGGCAGAACAUGGAUGAUGCGGUCAUACAGGAUCCCCACAGAAAGAUUUGCACUUUGAAUGAGGAGCUCAUACACAAGUGGUGUAACUACUCACCAGGGAGACUCCCAAUAGAAAUCUCAAAUGAGAUUGACCUAGUGUUCUCCUCGGCGAGCUGUCUCAAUGGAUCUUUCCUGUCUACGAGUCACCCGGAUCACUACAGUACCAGCAGUAAGUGUUCAGGCGUGGAUGUGAACACGGCUCGCCUCCUGUUGCAUAAAGUGAUCGGACAGGACCACCACGAGAUCACUCAGCAGAUUGCUGCCAGUUUGGAAAAGAACCUUAUUCCCAAACUAAGCAACUCUCCUCCCGACAUCGAAGCCCUGCGACUCUACCUCACUCUACCAGAAUGCCCUCUCUUCAGGGACCGGAAUAAUUACGUGACCAUCGCUAUCCCGUUUGCAAAGUCCCUCCUCAGUCUGAAGGAGGCUCCAUUGAAGGUGCUCGGGAACUGGUGGUCUACAUUUGAGCCCCCAACCUUCCAGCGUCUGGUCGAGCUGUACAAGGAGGUGGUGGUGUAUCUGCUUCAGAUGCACAAGAUGGGCAUUCCUUCGGUUGAACAGAGGAUUUUCACAUGCUUCCUGGACACGUCACUCCGACUCCUGGAGAUCCUGCAAACAGUGAGUGAGAGAGGAGGACACAUCAUUCAGUACGAUAAAUUCUACAUCCACGAGUUGGAUGACCUGAUCGACAUCAGGAAUGACUACGUCACAUGGAUUCAGAGGCAGAUGUACCCAUUGGGUCAUGAUGGUGUGGUGACUCUGUGCAGGUAUCCCUUUGUGUUCGAUGCCCAAGCAAAAACAACACUGCUUCAGACUGAUGCCGUCAUACAGAUGCAGAUGGCAGUGGACCAGGCACAGAUGCAGAACUUUAGUUCCAUGUUCCUGCCAGCGGUUGAAUCUGUCAACCCGUGCCUCAUACUCAUCGUUCGGAGAGAGAAUAUCGUUGGAGACACCAUGGAAGUCCUCAGGAAGUCAAAGAAUGUCGACUACAAGAAGCCACUCAAGGUGAUCUUUGUGGGAGAAGAGGCAGUUGAUGCAGGAGGCGUGAGAAAAGAAUUCUUCCUCCUGAUCAUGAAAGAGCUGCUGGAUCCCAAAUAUGGGAUGUUCCGUUACUACGAGGAGUCCAGGCUCAUCUGGUUUUCAAAUAAGACCUUUGAGGACAUUGACUUGUUCAACCUCAUCGGGGUCAUCUGUGGCCUGGCCAUCUACAAUCUCACAAUAGUGGAACUCAACUUCCCGGUGGCCCUUUACAAGAAGCUCCUGAAGAGGAAGCCGACACUAGAUGACGUGAAAGAGCUAAUGCCAGAUGUGGGAAGGAGUCUGCAGCAGUUACUGGACUACACAGGAGAUGACCUGGAGGAGACCUUCUGCUUGAACUUCACAAUCACAGAGGAGAACUAUGGCGCCACUGAGGUCCUGGAACUAGUGCCGAAUGGCGAAGACAUCUCUGUUAAUAAAUCAAACAGGCAGGAUUUUGUCUCUGCAUACGUAGACUAUGUUUUCAACACAUCAGUGGCCUCGCUCUUUGAGUGCUUCUACGCAGGCUUCCACAAGGUGUGCGGAGGAAAAGUUCUUGAGCUGUUCCAGCCAAAUGAACUGCAAGCCAUGGUCAUUGGCAACACCAACUAUGACUGGACGGAGCUCGAAAAGAGUACUGAAUACAAAGGGGAGUACUGGACGGACCAUCCCACCAUCAGGCUCUUCUGGGAGGUGUUCCACGGUCUUCCUUUAGAGAAGAAGAAGCAGUUUCUCUUGUUUCUCACAGGAAGUGACCGCAUACCCAUUUUGGGCAUGAAAAGCCUGAAGCUGGUGAUCCAACCCACCAGUGGUGGGGAGCAUUACUUACCUGUGGCCCACACCUGUUUUAACCUGCUGGAUCUACCCAAGUACAAGAGUCUGGAAACCCUCAGUGAGAAGCUUCUACAGGCCAUAGAUCACAAUCAAGGCUUUAAUCUGGCCUGAUAAAGCCUACAACCAAGUCCAGACUGUUGACGGCAACCACAUUCCCGAAUGUUUUAUUUUCGCAGUUCUGCUGUAAGAAUUGGACACUGGGUGGAAAGAGGUAGCCGCAUGGCACUGAGACUGAUUACGAGUGUGAUGUCUAAACUUUCAUUUCCCAGCUCUUUUUCUAAUGCAUCACACUAUUUGAUGCUCUACUCGUUGAAUCAAUAUUGCUCUGGGGUAUAUAUAUAUAUUCUUGUUUGAAUAUGAUGAGGCAAACUUCUGGUAAAUAGAGUAUGCAUACAGCUACAUUAACACCUAUGCAGUGCCACUGCAUUUCUCAAACUUUUCAUUCUAUUCAGAGGGCAAAAACUGUCCUCAAAAUGACCAGAUUUAGAUAAACACCUUUCUGACCAGGUGUUAAUUGCUGCAUGGCUACUGCAGUGCAUUAUGUUGUAUUUUACCAGAGGUUAUAGGAGGAUGUGUCCAUCUCCUGUGUAUUAAAUGUUUGAACCCAGAAAAUCUACACUAACUCCCUUUGUUUGACACUUGAUUGAAAAGAGGGUGAACUAUUUUGCUUUUAGUGGAUUUGUAAACAAUCCACAAAUAAAAAUAUAACCACUGAAAUAUGUGAGUUACUUUGGAGAUAAAAUGUGUUAAAAGCAUUUGUAAGUAUAUUCUCCUGGAUUCUUUGUGCCUUUGCAAAUUUUGGCAGAAAGUUCAAUCAACAUGAUUGACAUUUAAGGCAUGUUAACAAAAUCUGUAAUCCUAGAAGUAAAUAAGCUAAAUAGCUGACCUCUUGUCACAGCACCAUGGAUAUGUUCCCUGAUUCAGAAACCUGACAACUAAUUUAAAUCAUCACGUUCAGCUCAUGUUGACAUUUUUAUGAUAAAUCAUAUGCACACAUUGCAAUAUAGCGCCAUGAAGAAGGCCAAUAUGGAUGUGUGUGUUGUCCCGUUUGUAUAGAGCUACUGUUCAAAUUUGGUGUCAAUGGGGAAACUCGUGGUGCACCAGUUUAUAAUGGAAACCAUAGGAAGGUGAGCGCUGGGCGUCUCCAUCUUGGAGCCAGAGCCACACGCCCGUUGUGUUAUCUUCCUCAACCGAUGGGAGUUACAUCAUUGAUGACCUGGGGUCAGUUUUCAGGUAGGAGGUUCAACAAACUGAGUCAAACACUAAAAACUCUGAGUUGUGGGUUUCAGAACAGAUGUUUUAGGGUUGAGUGUGUGCACUGAAGGCAGCAUGGAUGGAGCCAUGAUACAACGAUUUACCAUGCCAACGACCACAAUCGUUGCGAGAAAAUAACUUUAUAUGUAUAAUCACUUCCAGAAGCGAACUUUAGAACGCGCUGGUUUAGACAGCUCUAUUUUAUACCUGACUCAGAUAUUCAUUCAAGAGCUCAAGAGCCUUAAAGAAAGCGAUGAAGUAAACGUUAGAUCUUUACAGCUAAUGGACCUAACGUUAGCUUAAUUAAAACAUGUUUCUGUGUUGAUACUUUAGAGACCAGUGUUGUUUAAGGCAGUCACUCAAUAAAUGGCAGUUACCUAGGCUUGUUGUGAACGCGGGUCUGUGCAUAUAAAACCUUUAAUCAGAAACUAAAGGGAAUAACACCUCUCACUGAAUUAAGUCGGUUUCCACUUUGAAUUACAAUGAGUGUACUUUGCUUAUAAGCUAUGGAGGAGAAUAGUUUGUGCAGGUCCACACUGACCUUUCCCUUAGUAAGUCCAGAUGGUAGCUAUGAACAUGAAAGUAGCAUCUUUAUAUUUGCUUCUGAUAAUUACUGUGGGGGAAGUUUUUGCAUCGUUAAAUAAGAAUAAAGGCUCUGAGUCAAAUAU